CCCUGCCUCCUCCUCCUCCAUCAAUCAUUUUUCUUUAUUGAGGAGGAGUGGGAGGGGUUCUUGCAUUCCUAGAGAGGCCACAGGCUGUCAGCUGGGGUGGGGUGGGUGUCCUUUCUUCCCACCCUUCCUCUACUCUGCCCCCCACAACCAUUUUUGGGGGGGAAAGCUGGAAAGGUUCCGCCAUCCUCUGAGGAGAUGGAUGCAUGCGAGGAAGUCAUGCCAGAGAACUGUGGGAAUGAGACCUCUCUGGCAGGUGAUGGACAGGAGAACUGUAGAGAACCACAUCAGGUGCCACCAGAAGCAGCUGUUCAUGAAUUGGGGGACAAGACCUUCAAUCCUCAAGAUGAAUCAAGGAGGCAGGAAGAAAACCAUACAGAGAACUGGAGAGAGAAAUCCAUUGUGUGUCAUGCUGAUGACCUUCAUGAAACCCCAGUACAAUAUAAUCACCACAAGGAAAAAAAGAGGUAUGAGUGCCCUUUUUGUGGGAAAGCUUUCAUUUCUAAGUCUCUCCUUGCUGUCCACUGCAGAACGCACACCGGAGAGAAACCGUAUAAAUGUUCAGAGUGUGGAAAGGGCUUCCGCCAGAGCAGAAACCUUACUUCCCAUCAACGGAUCCAUACAGGGGAGAAGCCAUUUAAAUGCUUGGAAUGUGGAAAGAGCUUUAGUUGGAAUUCAAACCUUACUUCACACCAGCGGAUCCACACAGGGGAGAAGCCGUACAAGUGCUUGGAAUGUGGAAAGAACUUCUGUGAUAGCACACUCCUUACAAGACAUCAGAUAAUCCACACAGGGGAGAAGCCAUUUACAUGCUUGGAAUGUGGGAAGAGCUUCCGCCAGAGCAGGAACCUUACUUUACAUCAGAGAAUACACACAGGGGAGAGGCCAUACAAGUGCUUGGAUUGUGGGAAGAACUUCCAUCGGAGAACACACCUUACUUCCCACCAACGAAUCCAUACAGGAGAGAAGCCAUUUAAAUGCUUGGAAUGUGGAAUGAGCUUCAGCUGGAAUUCAAAUUUUACUUCACAUUACAGGAUUCACACAGGAGAGAAACCACAUAAGUGUGUGGAGUGUGGGAAGAGCUUCUGUACCACCACACAACUUGCAUCACAUCAUAAGACUCACACAGGAGAGAAACCUUUUAAGUGUUCAGAGUGUGGAAAGAGCUUCUCAGAUAGCACUCUCCUUACUAGACAUCAGAUAAUCCAUACAGGGGAGAAACCAUUUAAAUGCUUGGAAUGUGGAAAGUGCUACAGUCAGAGGUCAAGUCUUACUUCACAUCGGAGAAUACACAAAGAUGCCAUAAGGCAGAAGCCAUACAAAUGUUUGGAGUGUGGGAAGUGCUUCAGUAACAGCACACAGCUCAUUUUACAUCAGAGAAGCCACACCGGAGAGAAACCUUACAAAUGCUUGGAGUGUGGAAAGAGCUUCAGUGAUGGCACACUUCUUAACAGGCACCAAAUAAUUCACAAAGAGGAGAAACCGUAUAAAUGCUCAGACUGUGGAAAGAGCUUCCGUCAGAGCCGAAACCUCACUUUACAUCAGAGAAUCCACACAGGGGAGAAACCAUAUAAGUGUUUGGAUUGUGGGAAGAGCUUUCACCAGAGAACACACCUUACUUCCCACCAGCGAAUCCACACGGGAGCAAAACCAUUUAAAUGUUUGGAAUGCGGAAAGAGCUUCAGUUGGAAUUCAAGUCUUACCUCUCAUCACAGAAUCCAUACAGGAGAGAAACCGUACAAGUGCUCAGAGUGCGAGAAAAGCUUCUGUACCACCUCACAACUUGCAUCGCAUCGGAAAACCCACACAGGAGAAAAACAUUACAAGUGUUUGGAGUGUGGAAAGAGCUUUUGUGACAGCACACUCCUUACGAGACAUCAGAUAACCCACACAGGUGAGAAGCCAUUUAAAUGCUCAGAAUGUGGAAAGAGUUACAGCCAGGUUUCAAGUCUCUCAUCUCACCGGAAAGUCCACAGAGAUGCCACAAUGCAGAAACCAUACAAAUGCUUGGAGUGUGGAAAGAGUUUCAGCAACAGCACACAACUUAUUUUACAUCAGAGAAUCCACACGGAAGAGAAGCCUUAGGAAUGGUUUGUAGUAACACACCAGAGGAUUUGCAUGCAAGAGAAACCUUCUAAAUGCAGGGAGUGUGGAAAUUGCUCCAGAAGUAGUUGUGAGCUUAUCAAAAGAUUCACACUGCCUAGAAACAAUAAGCAUGUUUGGAAUAGUGAGUUUCUAGUGCAAUAACUCAGAUACAUUCGUACCUUGGUUUUCAAACAACUUAGUUCUCGAAUGUUUUGGCUCCCAAACGCCGCAAACCUGGAAGUGACUGUUCCGGUUUGCGAACUAUUUUUGAAAAUGGAACAUCCGAUGGGGCUUCUGGUGCUUCCGAUUGGCUGCAGGAGCUUCCAGCAGCCAAUCAGAAGCUGCGCUUUGGUUUCUGAACGCUUUGGAAGUUGAAGGGACUUCCGGAACGGAUUCUGUUUGACUUCCAAGGUGCGACUUCAAAAAAUUCAGACAGGUGCUAGGUAAUAAUUUCUGGGAGCGCAAGGUUUUUGUAACUACUAUCUGAAAUGGAAGGAAAUUGGAGAGAAGGAAGCGAACAUGGCUGGUCUUUCGGCAAAGUUGAUGGGGAGGCCCCCUCUCCUAAAUCCCGACGUAAUGGCUGCAGUUGGUGUUUCAGCAGAGAAGACUUGCAGUACCAUCUCCCUCCCUCUCCUGUAGCCUGAUGGUGCUUUUUCCUGUCUGGCAACCCCCUCCCCAUUAAAGAAGGUGUGAAUAAGACCCCUCCCCUUAGAUUUUCAUUUUCUUUUGCUGAGUAACAGUGUGCUUCCAUGUUUUUUUUUGUAGAUCCCUUUUAUCCCCUCCAAAGGUGCUAUUCUCGCCGGCCCUACCAUUGACAGGCAGGCCAUGGGUUAUUUUUGGGUGGACAGCAAAUAGUCAGGUGUUUUUGGUUGGGGUGGGCAACCCUAUUCUGCCUGAAGGUUGCCCUCCUUGUGAGGGCCACAUGCCAGUUGGAGAUGGUAAAAAGGGACCCCAGACCAUUAGGUCCAGUCGGGGCCGACUCUGGGGUUCUGGCGUUCAUCUCGCUUUAUUGGCUGAGGGAGCCGGCGUACAGCUUCUGGGUCAUGUGGCCAGCAUGAGUAAGCCGCUUCUGGCGAACCAGAGCAGCACACGGAAACGCCCUUUACCUUCCCGCCAGAGCGGUACCUAUUUAUCUACUUGCACUUUGACGUGCUUUCGAACUGCUAGGUUGGCAGGAGCCGGGACCGAGCAACGGGAGCUCACCCCGUCGUGGGGAUUUGAACCGCCGACCUUCUGAUCGGCAAGUCCUAGACUCUGUGGUUUAACCCACAGCGCCACCUGCGUCCCUAGUUGGAGGUGGAGUCAGAAGCAAAUGUGGGCAGAACAAUUAAUAUAGAUGUUAGCUUCUGGAUGACCCUCCAGGGCUGGGUGAUAACUGGUUUUCAACACCGUGAUAUAUCACCAGCUAAACAUUGCUAUAUACUGAUAUAUCACAAUGUCUGAAAUAAGGAUGGAGAUGUGUAGAGGUAUUGGCUGGUUUCCUGGUUUUAUCCACAUUGUGAUUUUUGCAUAGCAAACACACACACACACCUUCUCAGUAGUGGCACCCGCCCUGUGGAACGCCCUCCCAUCAAAUGUCAAGGAAAUAAUCAACUAUCUGACUUUUAGAAGACAUCUGAAGGCAGCCCAGUUUAGGGAAGUUUUUAAUGUUUUAUCUCUUUAUGAUUAUGAUUAUGAUUAAUAUUCUGUUGGGAGCUGCCCAGGGUGGCUGGGGAAACCCAGCCAAAUGGGUGGGAUAUAAAUAAAUCAUCAUCAUCAUCAUCACCUCACACACUUUAUGAUUUGCAAUAUAGUGCCAUAUCAAAAAUCAUGAAACUGAUAUCAUAACAUGGACUUCAAACCAGUUUUGGACGAUCUAUCGCCCAGCCCUAACACACUUAAUGAUUCACAUUACAGUGGAUGCUCGGGUUGCAAACGUGAUCUGUGUGGGAAGCACGUUCGCAACCCGCAGCACCGCAUCUGUGCACGUGCGGGUUGCGAUUCGGCACUUCUGCGUAUGUGCAAAGCGCGAUUUAGCACUUCUGCACAUGUGCAAGCGCCAAAACCCGGAAGUAAACCAUUCUGGUACUUCCGGGUUUGGCAUGGUGCGCAACCCGAAAUUGUGUAACCUGAAGCAUCUGUAACCAGAGGUAUGACUGUAUAUUGCCAGCUCAAAAAUCAUGAAACCGGUAUCGUUAUAUGGACAUCAAUCCGGUUUUGGAUUUUAUAUAUAGCCCAGCCCUAGUGACCUCUGAUCCAUGCUUUUCUGAAGGCUGCAAUACUGGCGGUCAAGAAGCAGGAGGUGCAAAUAAAGAGGGAUACUCAGUAGUGUGAACUGGAAUAGUGACUGCCAUGGAGUACUGGUUUACAUGGUUGCCACAAUGGACUAAAUCAUGCUUAAAUGGCCAGUCAUAGACAUGCUGACUUGGUACUUUGGGCUCUCAAAUUUAAGUGGCGCCCUGUCCAACGCUAAAAUUCAGUGUCUCCACCUCUUGCGAUGCAUUCUACAUCAUUGUCGUAGUGUUGGCGCCCAGUGCGGCUGAACAAGUUGCACUUCCAUAAAACCACCUCUGCACUAAGCCACACUGGGGCAUUUACUUACAGGAAAGUGAGUAUGCAAUUGCAGCCAAGCUAGGUGUGUGUUUGGGACCCAUAGAGGUAUUAAGAGGAUUUAUAGAUUUAUGCUGUAAUUGUCUUCGUGUUUGCAUUGUAAUCUGUGUUGACCAGUGUUUGCUUAAAUAAAACUGAAUUCAUUGCCUCCAAGUACUGGCAA